GUCAAUUGUUACAACAAAGCCAUAAACUCACCCCACCCUCACUUCUGAUGUACAGCAAAUAAUAGUUUGCAACUGUCGGAUUCCUUCUCUCUCUCUCUCUUUCCACCACUCUUUUUCUAGGUUUUUAUUAGCACCCUUUUCAUCAAACACCAGAACCAACUAACAAUCUUUUCUUUCUUAUAUUCAUGGAAGUUGACGACAGAAACAGAACACAAGAAGAUAGUUUUGAUUCUGCAUGAACAACAACAACAUUUGAUGAUCAAACUUGUUCAUAUUCAACAUUAAUGGCUUACCAACAUUAUCGAUCUCCGUUCGGUGACACCACUCUAACCAAAGUCUUUGUUGGUGGACUCGCCUGGGAGACACAAACCAAUGAAAUGCGUACAUACUUUGAACAAUUUGGUGACAUUCUUGAAGCUGUUAUUAUUACUGAUAAAGUCACCGGCAAGUCUAAGGGUUAUGGAUUUGUAACUUAUCGAGACCCAGAAUCUGCAAAACGGGCUUGUGAGGAUCCAAACCCUAUGAUAGAUGGAAGAAGAGCUAACUGCAAUAUUGCGUCUCUUGGUCGACCUCGACCUCCUCAAGGAAGGAAUCAAGGUGGCAAUAUUGCAUUCCAAGGGACAAAUACAAUGGGUCAAGGUGCAUCAUCAUCUUAUAGUGGAGUGGCACAACCACCACAAUUGGGUCCUCCGCAACCACCUCCACCACCACCGUCCGUCAUGUAUCCUCCGUAUGGAUACGCGACGUACCCACCCGAUUAUGCUUACCAACAACAGGCAAUGUACAAUCCAGCACUUCAGCAGCCAUACUAUCAUCAAGUUUAUGGGCCCACAGGUCCAACGGUCUCCACACCAUAUUAUUAUGCUCCUUCACCCAGAGGAACAUUUGCUGCACCACAGGCGCAACGUAUGCAAGGACCUCCUUACAUUUACUAUCCUACGCACCAGAUGGACCCGUCAACAUUCCCUGGCUAUCUUACGCCCCCUCCUCCCACUUUGUUACUCCCCACCAGGCAUCCUUUUCCUUCUCCCUCCCCUACGGGUUCCCAGACGCCACAAAAUACAACAAGUGAAACAGAAGGUGGUGCAGUAACGUCAGAGAGUCCAAACACCUAAAACAGAUGAAAAACAUACACAUGUUGGCUAAAAGCAAACAAAAUACACUAUUGACAAAAUUCAUCAAUGGCCCUUCAACUCUCUGUGUUCUUCAAUUUUUCUGAAAGAAUCAUAAAUAAUUUCUCUUUUGGUCACAGAGAUAUAUGCGACUACUUGUCGUGCUGAUUAUUUUUUUUACCUCACAUUGAGUCACAAUUCUUUCACCCAUUUUUAUUUUUCUUUCUUUUAUUUAUGGUUAAUUAUUGUAACUUUACCUAAAAUGAAGAUUUCUAGUCGGGAAAACCGACAUUUUAAUUUAAAGUAUUGCCUCGUUUUGUUA